AUGCAGUUCAGUCGCCUUGAUGAGAGUGGCAGCUACACUGGAGAAAGAAGAAAAGAACAUGAAAAAGCUAAAGAGCAUGAUGCUGAGUUAUGCGAGAUGAAAAAUAUUGGAAGGGUACAGGAAUUCUUUCUGCAAGAGGUGCAGCUGGGAGAACACUGGUUAUCUAGAGGAGACCAUAAGAAGAGCGUGGAGCACCUCACUAAUGCUAUUUCAGUGUGUGCACAGCCACAUCAGCUACUGCAGGUCUUGCACAAUACACUACCACCACAAGUCUUUGAGAUGCUUAUGCGGAGAGUACCGUAUGCAAAACAACGACUUCAAGCAGCACUGAAUGAGCAGGACUGUGCGGAAGAUGAGAAGGAAUGAGAGAUGGCAACAAUGUUAAGGCAGGACUCUAGCCAUCUAGCCUAUAAACCCUUGUUUGGAAAGAAAAUGCAUACAAAACUGAACAGUUUCCAUUUAUUGUACUUUGAUUAAAUAAAAAGAUUUUGAAGACA